GGGCACCAGCCGCCCCCCAGCUCCACUCGUCCACGCACAAAACCCCAAAAACACUUGAGACAUGAGCGUGUUAUCGUCACUCUACGUGCUGCCUUUUCUUUGCAACUGCAUGCUGGUGUCAUCGUCGAUAUUAACGCCUCUGAGAGCCGACGGGAACCUGAAGAUUUUCAAGGACGCGCCCAACGACUUCGAGUACGUCCUGAAGAGACACAGCACAAGCGGUCGUUCCGACGAUCCGGACUCCAAGGAACGACGGAGCAACGCUGGCUCGUCCUUCAUCAGAUUCGGUCGCAGCGACGGCGACGUCAACACGGAGAGAGUCAUGGACGGCGAAGGCGACACCAGCUCGAAGGUGAACAGGUACCCGCGCUGGAAAUCGCCGGACAUCGUCAUCAGGUUCGGUCGUUCCAGCUACAAGGCCGCCAACAGGGAGUUUAAACGGGGAAGAAACGACUUGAACUUCAUCAGAUUCGGCCGGAACACGCAGGUCUAUCCGCUGGAGAUCGACAUGACAGCGAUGUGCUCCGAUUUGAUGGCGAACGACGAGACGAAGGAGUUCCAUCCGUACGAGGCGAGGUUACUGCGUUUAUGCAACAUCCUGAACGACGUCGAGCCGAAGCACGAGUAAAAUCGUCGGGAUUCGCGUCGACGGGGUUCGAAGAAUCUGAAAUCACCGUGGACAACGUUAUUAUCGGCCGAUCUGUAUCGAGUUACCAAGAACCGAGACGCUCUACAUUUUCGUUUGAUUCGAUCAACCUUUUCCUUUUUCAUCGCUGGUCCCGGAUAGAAUGGACCGAUUCGCCUUUCUUUUUGUCGUCCGUACCGUAAUAAAUGCAUCGACCGCGACUUCCUCGAGGCGGUCGAGCCACGUAGACGCUUGUAACUUUAUUUUAUCAUUUAGCAAUUUCUCGGAGUAAUUGAUUCGAUGCUGGAAUUUCUCUUUUUUCUUUUUUUUUCAGCCAUUGCGCUACGACAACGCGGCAUUUCCGAGGCAGCGAAGAUUUUUCCGUUCUUUAUUGCCAUCCUAGUGAGUUGUUAGUAGCGCCAUUUACGAAGAAAUGCUGACUAAUAAUGA